AUGGAAAGCAGGCUACGGCCAUUUGGCAUUCUGUUUGGGCGGUCCCUGAACAAUCUUAUCAAAGGAAUCAGGGCGCGUAAAGAUGCCGACGAGCUGGAGGAGUACAUAAAGGGCGUCAUCGCCGAGUGUCGGGAGGAGGCGCGUUCGCCAGAUCUCGAUCUCAAGGCGAUGGCGGUGUUGAAGCUGGCCUAUCUGGAAAUGUAUGGCUACGAUAUGUCCUGGGCCGGAUUCCACGUGCUUGAGGUCAUGUCAAGUCAAAAGUUCCAGCAAAAGCGGGUGGGGUAUCUUGCAGCUAUGCAAAGCUUCAGAGCCGACCCGGAGCUGCUUAUGCUCACGACCAAUCUGCUGAAAACAGACCUCACUGCGCCUUCACAGGAACGUGCGGGAAUUGCGUUGAGUGGUUUGGCUACAAUUGUGUCUCCGCUGCUGGCCGCGGAGGUAUCAGAGGACAUCACAAGCAUGCUGAACCACUCGAACUCGUAUGUACGAAAAAAGGCAGUGCUGGCAAUUUACAAGGUGCUGCAGCAAUACCCCCAGGCACUUCCGGCUGUGCUGCCUCGUUUGAGAGACAGGCUAGAGGAUUCUGACACGUCUGUGGUGAGUGCUGUCGUCAAUGCGCUGUGUGAGCUCUCUCAUCAAAGUGACGACCCCAGUCCUUUCCUAGAGUUUGCCCCACAGCUAUUUUUCUUAUUGAAGGAAACCCAAAGCAACUGGCUGCAUAUCAAAAUUCUUAAACUGCUUGCGCUAUUCACGCAAUAUGAGCCCCGCCUAGUGUCGAAGGUCCUCCCGCACAUUGUUGACUUGAUCCACAGCACGGAUGCGACUUCUCUGCGUUAUGAAGCGAUAUCUGCGAUUCUGCGGGGCCGAAUGGUUGCCAGCGAUGACUUUGAGCUUGUGAAACUCAUACUGAACCACCUGAGAGAUUUUUUACAAACAACCGACCCGAAUCUCAAGUUCGUUGCUUUGACUGCUCUUUCCCAACUGGUCAAAGUCAAUGCUGGCUUUUUGGCUGCUGAACAUGAAAUUGUGCUGGAGUACAUUGACACGGAAGACGCUACAUUGCGACGCAAGGUGCUAGAUAUGCUCCCUGCGAUCGUAAAUGAAGACAACCUUGUAGAUAUUGUCACGCAACUGCUGGAACAGUUACGUGCGACGGACUCUCCUGCUUGUCCUGAACAUAAGCAGCUACUUGUUUCCAAGAUUGUCGCUUUAUGUUCUACUGACAACUACAGCCUGUUGCCCAACUUUGAAUGGUACACUGAAACGCUGGUUGAUAUUGCCAAACAUGCGUUCAAUUAUGUCCCCGAGGCUGGUGUUAUUGUAGGAAACCAGCUACAGAAUGUGGCGGUUCGAGUCAAGAGUGUACGCGAGUCUGUGGUUUUCGCGUGCCUUGAUCUGUCUUACAAUGCCCCACUUGUUGCCAAGCAGCCUGAGAUUCUUGAAUAUACCUUGUGGGUAAUUGGAGAGUAUAUCUCUGACUAUCUUGAUUCUACGCGUCAGGCGAUUGGUCCUGAUCUGCUUCGAAACCUGCUGUCACUCCCGCCCUGUCUUGCUACAGUCCCUGCUGUUACAAAAGUGUUUUCGCGAUACAUUUCUGUUUUGCCGUUGUGGAUUGAUGAAACACGUCUGCAAGUAAGCGAGUGUAUUUCAGAAAUCAUAUCUGUGUUUUCCAAGUUUGCUACCAGUGCGAGCUUUGAGAUUCAAGAGCGAGCUGUUCAGCUGCUUGAGCUGUUCAAACUUGCUGCCGACGCAGUCGCUGAACAUCCGGCAGAUAGCGAUGCUGCUCCUGCUCUACUUACCAUCGCAUUCCCUUCUUUAUUUAACGGUUUUGAGAUUACACCGGUUGCACCUUCGGCCCAGCGACGAAUUGCCAUUCCACCUGAGCUUGAUCUUGACACGCCCAUCAGUGUAGUCGAGUCCGAAUUCACAGAGUCUGAGUCCGAACCCGAGUCCGAGCUCGGGUCGGCUACUGAGCCCGAACCUGAGCCUGAAGCUCGAGACGCUAGAAUGGACGUGUACUACAUCAAGUCGGCCUCGCACGAGUCGAAAGAGGCUUCUGUCACGUCCGAGCUGUCAGAUUCCAAGCCGGUUCACAGCAAAGAACGGCGCAAGAUUGAAAAGGUCAAGGUGGAGAUCGCUCAGGACGAGACAAUUGAGGGCGAAGACGACGAGCCGGUUGCCAAGCCGGCGAAAAAGUCGUUGUUCCAUAGCGAGCACAUUUCGGUCGGCGACACGCGUCCGGGUAAUGUGGUUGUAAAGCACAAGAAAGUGAAAAAGAAAAAGAAAAAGCCGGCCAGUUCGUAG